GAAGCAUCCAUUUAGCUAGCCCUGCUCUGGUCAAUAAUUCCUAAUGCUCCUUGCGUGUUUGCAGGGCGGUGGCACGAGUCUUGACGCCGUUGCGGCUGCCAUUCGAGUGCUGGAGGAUGACCCCAUCACCAAUGCUGGCCGAGGUUCAAGUUUCACCGAGAGUGGUCGGGUCGGAUGCGAUGCAAGUAUCAUGGAUGGAACUGCAGGUUCCUAUGGAGCUGUCGGAGCUGUGCAACGUACCUGUGGAAAAAUAUCAGGUGUAAAGAAUCCCAUCCAAGUUGCAUUGCACUUGGCAAAUGAACAAAUUUCAGGCUCUUCACUCCUUGGUCGGAUACCUCCCAUCUAUUUAAUCACAAAAUUCAAGCUUCUUACACGUUUUGGUUACCCAUAACCUUUUCUUUUCAGCAAUUUCUCUGCCCUUGUGUCAAUUUUCUGUGUCAUGACUGUUCCGCCUUGUGUUAUCUUCUAAUCAUGUUUAAUGCUGAAAUAUGUAAUGCAAAUGUAAAGCCUUUGUAUCA